UCGCAUGUGUGCUGAAAGGGUUCUGAAUGUGUGCAGUUGGUCGUCUGCCAUGUCGGUCACCUUCUGGGAAGUAGGUGGUUCUUGGCUGUGUUUAUUGAUGAAGCGUAACAGAAGUCUGGCUUGUGAGACUAGGCCUCAUCUAACAUACUUAUAAUAACAAUAAUAAUGAUAAUAAGUAAAAAUUAUCUUUAAUAAGUAAGAAGACCAUUAUAAUGAUUUUUGCUGAAUAUUUCAAAUACAAAUAAUGACCACAGUGAUUCAGCCAUUUUGUGAAUACUGCACAGCCCUUUAUCAUUUCAAAUGAUUAAACAGCUGCAUUGUACAUAUACAGCAGGGGAAAUAAGUACUGCAUGCGUCAACAUUUUUUUCAGUAAAUUUAUUUCCAAUGACGCUGUUCACAUGAAAUUUUCACCAGACUUUGGUAUUAGAAGAACGGGCCAAAAUCACACCUGAAUACUGCGGCUAAUUAAUUUCUUCAUACACGAAGUGUCUUGAAGCCAUUGUAAACAAAGGCUUCUCCACUAAGUAUUGAAUAAAUUUCACUUAGCGUGUACAAUACUGUUUUUCCUGUGUCAUUCCACUUUAUUACACAUAACUUCAUUUAUGGACUUUAAUGUUUGCAUUUCUUUAUAUAUGUGGAUUUCUGGAGUUAAUCCUGAUGUGAAAAUUUAAUGUGAAUAUGCUUCAUUGGAAAUAUAUUUACUGAAAAAAAAAAUAUUGAUGCGUUCAAUACUCAUUUCCCCCCACUGUAAGCCUGUAUUCUUUACAUUUAUUAGUCUAUGAAGGGUGCACGGUGGCUUAGUCGUUAGCACGUUUGCCUCACACCUCCAGGGUCGGAGGUUCGAUUUACACCGUGUGCAGAGUUUGCAUGUUCUCCCCGUGCUGUGGGGGUUUCCUCCGGGUACUCCGGUUUCCUCCCCCAAAAUGUCCAAAGACAUGCAUGGUAGGUUGAUUGGCAUGUCCAAAGUGUCCAUAGUGUAUGAAUGUGUGUGAAUGUGUAUGUGAUUGUGCCCUCCGAUGGAUUGGCACCCUGUCCAGGGUGUACCGCGUCUUGUGCCCUAUGCUCCCUGGGAUAGGCUCCAGGUUUCCCCGUGACCCUGAAAAGGAUAAGCGGUAUAGAAGAUGGAUGGAUGGAUGGAUAGUCUGUGAAUGAAGAUAGCCCAGAUUGCCUUCCUACAGGGUGAGCGGAAAGGCCAGGAGAACCUGAAGAAGGAUUUGGUGAGGAGGAUCAAGAUGCUGGAAUAUGCUCUGAAGCAGGAAAGGGCAAAAUACCACAAGCUGAAGUAUGGGACUGAACUCCUGCAGGGAGACAUGAAAGCACCAAGCUAUGAUUCAGAUGAUGGCAAUGAGAACGAGGCUCUUCCAGAACCACCUAACAGCCAGCUGAGCUGGAAACAAGGAAGACAGCUUCUGAGGCAGUACCUCCAGGAGGUGGGCUACACGGACACUAUCCUGGAUGUGAAGUCUCAGAGGGUGAAGGCGUUACUGGGACUGACGGGAGACGGUGUGGAGCGAGCUGGAGAACGGAGGACAGAGCCCAUGGUGAACGGCACGGAGCCUUCGUCUCUGAAGGAAAGCACCACCAACAUGAUGGGGAAACCGGAAAUGUCUGACUCCGCAACGGUUCUGGAGGCCUUCAAGUUCAUUGAGAGCGCGGCCGCAGAGUUCAGCGAUGAGGAGGAUGACGAAGACAGUGACGGGAGGGAGAAGACCAUCAUUGACUUGGCAACAAUGAUGAGAAAGAAGGUGUCCCCAUCUCCUUCCUCUUCCUCCUCCUCGGCUGAUCUGAGUGAUGACCCGGACACCGAGGAAGCUCUGAAGGGGUUUGACUUCCUGGCCAGCAGUGAGGACAUGGAGGGCUCGCCAGAAUCUCCCUCCACCGGAGACGUGACUGAUUGGGAAAAGGAGCCAAACGCCAUGACCGAGGCCUGGGAGGUGGACCAGAGCCUGAUCUCGAAACUCAAGGAGCAGUACAGGAAGGAGCGCAAGGGCAAAAAGGGGGUGAAGAGGCCGAACAGGUCUAAACUGCAGGACAUGCUGGCUAAUCUGAGAGAGGCAGAGGAUCUUCCCUCCAUGCAGCCCCCUGUGGCUCCUCCUGCCAGACCCAGCUUACCCCGACUCAACGAGCAUGAUCUCAGCCGUGCUGAUGAAGUGGAAGCUCUUACGUUCCCUCCAUCCACUGGUAAAUCGUUUAUAAUGGGAGCGGAUGAGGCUCUGGAGAAUGAGCUGGGACUGGGAGAGUUGGCUGGACUCACUGUAGCUAAUGAAGCUGAGAGUCUGGCCUACGAUAUCACCAACAACAAAGACGCUCUGAGGAAGACGUGGAACCCCAAGUUCACCCUGAGGAGCCAUUUUGACUCCAUCCGCAGUCUGGCAUUCCACCCUCAAGAGCCGGUACUAGUCACCGCUUCGGAGGAUCACACGCUGAAGAUGUGGAACCUGCAGAAAACGGCUCCUGCCAAAAAAUGUGCUGCUCUCGAUGUGGAGCCCAUUUACACAUUCCGAGCUCACAGGGGUGCAGUUCUGUGUGUGGUCAUGAGCAGUAACGGGGAGCAGUGCUUCAGUGGAGGAGUGGACGGUACCAUUCAGAGCUGGAACACUCCUAAUCCCAAUAUUGACCCCUACGACUCAUAUGAGCCGUCUGUGCUGAGGGGGGCGCUGUGUGGUCACACUGAUUCAGUGUGGGGUUUAGUCUACAGCUCGGCCCACCAGCGGCUGCUGUCCUGUUCGGCAGACGGGACUGUACGACUUUGGGAUGCUGCAGACACCUCACCCGCCCUUGCCAUCUUUAACGAGGACACGGAUCUGGGUAUCCCGUCCUCUGUGGAUCUGGUGUGUAGUGAGGCAGCUCACAUGGUGACAGCCUUUAGUAACGGCAGGACAGGAAUCUUCAAUAUGGAGACGCGGCAGCUGGUGCUGGAGCUGGAGUCUCAGAACGCAGGGGAGCCAGAUGCCCUUCGUCAGAUAAACAAAGUGCUGAGCCACCCGACACUGCCCAUCACCAUCACAGCACAGGAAGACCGCCACAUCCGCUUCUUCGACAACAACACAGGAAAACUUAUUCACUCCAUGGUGGCUCAUCUGGACGCUGUGACCAGCUUAGCAGUGGAUCCUAAUGGCCUCUACCUGAUGUCUGGUAGUCACGACUGCUCCAUCCGUCUGUGGAACAUGGAGAGCAAGACAUGCAUUCAGGAGUUCACGGCUCACAGGAAGAAGUUUGACGAGUCGAUCAACGAUGUGGCGUUCCACCCCACCAAGUGCUACAUCGGCAGUGCCGGAGCCGACGCCCUCGCCAAAGUCUUCGUAUGACCUCUGACCUCUGUGGCCUUGAGGAAAGGACGUGGAUCCUAACGGCAAAGACAGGAGUUGCCUUUUAGACAGAGGCUUUCCCUCCUUGCUUUGGAAUUUGUGAUGAUGAUUCAAGCGAAGGCUUGUCAGGUGGACGUCACUCCAGCCCUCUUUACACACAAACCCCCGUCUGAAACGCAUAAAACCUCGUCCAGGCAGGCCUGGGUGGGGGAAUAGGACGGAGCCACAACACUGCAGCUUAGUACAAACACUCUCUUUGGGAAGUCCAGAGACUAAGCCUGCUGGAGAGAACCUCUUCAUGGAAGUGUGUAUAUAUAUGUGUGUGUGUGUGUGUGUGUGUGUGUGUGUGUGUGUGUGUGUGUGUGUGUGUAUGUGUGUGUGUGUGUGUGUGUGUAUCCGUUCACUCCUCUCCUCUCCAGCAUGACAGGGUUGCCCUUAGAGCCGUUCCCACUUUGUCAGCCUCACAGGAAGUCAGGUGCUUCCCACACCGUUCGUUCGUUUUUACUUCUUCCUUUCUUUUUCUGCUUUCUAAAAAGAGAAAGGUCAGAGAACUUAAGGCUCUUGGACUAGAUGGUCUGUGUGAUGUUCUCUCAGUGUAAACUGUUCGAUGACGACGUGCCUUUGUUUCCAAACACAGUCUCGGUAAACAGCGGUAACUAUACAUAGGUCUCAGUCAAGCUCAGGCUGGAGGGAGUCGUCCCAGUUUAUCGGCUCUUGACACGCAGAGGGCCGUGCUGUAACAUAAUAAUCAUCAUUCCUCGUUUCUUAGUUUUCUGACACUGUGGGUUUUCCAUGGAUUAGUCUGAGCAAGUGUCUGCAGUAGGGGUAGGGAAAUACAGCAUAUUUUUCAUGAGCACUGCAACUUGGUUCACCAUGCUGAUAGAAAAUGUUAUUUUGAAAUGAAUGAAUGGCUUUGAUAUUAAUCACUGAGGGAGAGCGUAAAGGAAUACACCAGCGUUUUUCAUUCUCGUUACUAUCCACCAGGUCAGUAGCAUACGUGCAGAUUACCAUGGAUAAGACUACUAUGGAGAAGAUUUUGGCCUGUUGUUGUAUAGAGAAAAGAGCAAAACGCUGUUUAGUCAAAAUUCACUUAGAAUAAAAAUCUAAGGGUGGAUGUUAAAUUUCAGUACUCGAGGUGAAUAAAUCAAAUCUGCCACUAUAUGAUGCAAAAAGACAACCAUUACACUCUAGCAAUAAACGGCUUUUUUCAAAGCUGUUCUCACUUUCUAAAAUCAGAGCAAUGCAGUAAAAUAUUGUUCUUCUUACUUACACUGCAUUCUUUCCUCUGAAAAAAUAUUCCCAUCUCUGAAAGGAUGAAUUAUACAGAUUUCAAGCUCAAUUUAUUAAUAUCUUUGACUAAAAAAAAUAAACACCGCACUGUGUAAAACAUAAAAUUCAUACACAAACAUGAAGAUCAUUUACUAUAAAGAGCAGAAAACCAAGAAAUAAUUAAAUGAAAGUAAUAUUUUGCAUUUCUGGUGUUUUAUGAAUGAAAUCGGCCUGUAGGUUGUUCUAAGCAUCUUGGAGAACCUGCUGUUCUGCAGUUGCUUCUGAGUGUGCAGAUCCCAGAACAGUCGUGAUGGUUUUAUCUGAAAGGUGGUCAAAAAGGGGGUCGUUUUCGUAGCAUGUCAUUUUAUAGAAAAUUGAUGAUUGCAGACAAAAUUUUUUGCUCAUUUCUGACUCUGUGACGCACAUUCAACAAAAUCUGUAUAAAAACUGUAGUGUGUCUUUUAGGUAUCAAGAUAUUUUGCAUAACUGAUUUAUGAAUUUAUUGACUGCCCCCAACAACUGCCCUUAGGCUUCCAUUAUAAGUGAAAUUAUAUUAAAUAGGUUUUCUGUUCUUUUCUCAGUACAGGGAAAUUUUGGUCUGUGGUAAUCACACAUACAUUACAGGUGCAGUGGAUAGCUGCUAGAUAAAACAACUAAAGUAUUCCUUUAAGGAAAAUAAACAAACAACUGAAGUAUUCCUUUAAGUAUGAAUUGUAAGCAAGAUGUACUUGUAUUCGGCGAAUAUUACAAUGUCGGAUCACAUUACUUUAAAUAUCAAAUCCACACCCUGAGGUUUCUGGCGUUUCUCACUCUACAUGAUGUGAAGAUUUUGACUCGGUUCAGAUUCGCUGCUUGUCUUAAGGCUGGAGGCUCAGAGUUCUGAGGUUCUGUAAAGUUAAUCAAUCCGUCAAUGAGUUGAAACUUAUUUUUGUUUUCUGCGACAUAUUUUUAAACAAUCGUUUCUUUUCUUCCAUUCGCAGAGUGCUCUCCUUUUGAAGACAUUUUUUUAAAAAUAGCUAUAAUAUUUCAUUAUAAUAUAAUAUAAUAAUGUACUGUUAUUAUGUUAUAAAUAUUUGAAUAUUAUUCCUAAUUCAGUUAAAGUUUAUCCAGGACUCGACUUGUAAAUAGAAUGACUAAAGUAAAUUAUUUAUUGAACCAUUUACCGCAUUUCUCUGUGGCUUUACAUCUAAAUACGAAUGGAUUUUAUUGUAUUGUGUCUAAUUUCUAAAGCACCUUUAAAUAGCUAGUUAACCCCCUCUCCCCCCCAAAAAAAAAACACAAAACAAAACAAACAAAACUGUAUGAUCUAAUUGUUCUAUAGGUUUCUAUACGUUUAUAUUACAGUAUUUAUUGGAAGCAUUAGGUUGUGAUAUCUAAGCGUGUUUUAGUUUUAACCGUGUCCUCGUUCAUAAAGAGGACCUCCAACUGAUCUGAUCUGAUCUAAUAGAAUUGUACAUUUUGUGCAAUGGCUACAGUCUAAUCUUUUCUGUUCCAGGGUUUUUAUUUUGUUUCGGUUGGAUGCUUGUGCGGAUUGUUUUGUACACAGGGAACGUAAGACAUCACUAUCGUGUAAUGCUAACGUUGUAAUGUUCCAACAGAAAUAGUGAAGUCCGAUUCAGUCUGUCAUCAUGUGAUUAAUUAAAUAGCCUAGAUUUAGAUUAGAUGUUAAAAUGGAUGAUACUCAUGAAAGGUCGCAAAUUCGGCCGAUCUUCUUUUUGCAGUGUAUUUAAAUGAACCUCAGACAAGCUGUACCAGAACUGCAGCGAUUCAGCUCAGCUUUUUCAGGUUUAAGGGAUCGAUCUGUUUUUUGUUUUUUUUUGUUUUUUUAAAGGAUUUCUUUUUGUUAUUUAUGUAUUAUUAGCUUUUUUGUUUGUUUGUUUGUUUAAGCCAAAUGGAUGACGAUGAUAAUGAUGAUGAUGAUGAUGAUGAUGAUUAUUAUUAUUAUUAUUAUUAUUAUUAUUAUUAUUAUUAUUUAAGCCACCUGCAGUGGGGACAUGUGGGUUAAUCUGUGUGUUUGGAUGAUCAGGAGUUUUGAGAAUUCAUGAUAUGUCUGAAUUCAGAGAACAAAACCCUUUUCUCAAAUCAAACUCUUUUGCACACUCCUGCUUUGACGAUAUGAUCUACCUGAAGGGGUGGCUCUGUAUGAUUUGAAAUAUAUAUUUUAUAUAGAGUUGCGUGGAACAAAUACUAGUUAUUUUUAUUUACUUACUGUACGUUUGGUGACGGAGGCUGAAAAUGAAUCUUAAGCCAGAUGUGAUGCAGAUUGAUAGAUUAAUAUUUUUAAAGAUUUUUGGGUUGUUGUUGUUUUUUUGUGUCUGUGAUUACUUGAAACAUUUUGGAGUGUUUCUUUUAGGGUGCCUGUCUAAUUGUUUUUUUUUUUAUGUUGAUGGGUGAAGUUAUGCUCAUUUUCACAAAUUGUAUGCCUUUUAAUCGAUGACGCGAGCACUACAAAGCAAAAGGAAAGUCUGUCUUAUGUGCUUUUGCUGUCUUUAGUUUCAGGUUAUUAAAUUUUAAAUAAUGGAGAUUAAAGGGUUUUUUUUGUUUGUUUGUUUUUGCUACUUCACCAAAUGGAGGAAUAGUAUUAAGUAGAUUGCAGGGGUGUGUGCGUGCGUGCGUGUGUGUAUGUGUGUGUACAUGUGCGUUCUGUACUGCUAAGUAUAUCCUUUUGUUCUUUCAGGAGCAGAAUGAUUUUAGAAAUUCACUAUGUAUAGUUUUUAAGUGUUUGCAAACGAUUUAUGAACACGAAAUGCAGUGUGAAUUAAAGUACACAAAAAGCUAUGAAGCGUUAUGCAGUGAUGCAUGGUUUUAAAGGAACAGUUCAGCCAAAAGUGAAAUGUACGCCGUUUUCCACUUGCACCAAACAUACUCAGUGAGCCAGGUCGUGUUUUCAAUCUUUUUUUUUUUCUUUUUCUUUUUUUUUUUGUAUAUAAAAGGCUUCUUUAGUUAUACGCCAUCACCUCCGUCUGUUGGCCUGUUGUUAACAAAUAAUGAAAUUCUUCAUUUUAAACUAACAAUUUUAACUUAAAUUAGAAUUAAAUCACAGCACAGCUGUAUACGGUCAUCUUGCUAUUUGAUGCAACUCUUUAAAAAAAAAAAAAAAAGAAAAGAAA